GUAGAUCUUCGCCAGUAGACGAGGGGGAGGUGUUGGUCGGUGUAAGUGUUUGCGGGGGGAAAGUGGGAAUGAAAGGUGGCGGAGGAGGUGUGUUGUUGUUUUAUGUAUCUGGAUGUCGGGGAAACGGAGGACUCGGGAAGGUGUGCAGGGGAGACGUACAGGCGAGGAGGAAUUACGGCGUCUGUACCGGAAGGUGGAGACGGUGGACGAGAGAGCGGCAGCAGGGAUGACUGACAGGGUGGCUUCGUGCGGCAGCCUGUAUGACAGCACUAACCUGCUGCUACAGUACUGCAACAACGAUGACACGGUGUCUGCCAGCAGUAACCUGGACAUGGAGGACCGGGUGUCCCAGCUGGAGCAGCGGCUGCAGCUGCAGGAGGACGAGAUCCAGCUGCUGAAGGCGGCGCUGGCCGACGCCCUGCGACGCCUGGGCUGCUGCGAGGACCAGGGCCCGGGGGCCGCCGCGCCGGGGGGGCCCCAGGCCCCCGGGGGCCACAGGAGACCCCUGUCCAACUCGGCCCCGGCCGCCCCCCUCAAAGUGAGACAGCUGCUGCAGGCCCUUCCCUCCAGGCCUCUGAGUAACGGAUACGUCCAGCAGAAGCGUCUCCUCUCCUCCCCCUCCUCCCCCAAGAAAGACGUGCUGCAGUCCAUGAAGAGGAAGAGCAUGUCCACCGAGCGCCUGACCCUGGUGAAGAGGGAGAUGGGAGGGGGGGAGGCCCGCAGCCGCACCACCUCCUCCAGCAGCUCCUCUGGAGGAAAAAGCAAAACUAAGGAAUGCUCCCUCAAUGCAGAGGACGGCUACGUCAGGAUGUUCCUGAGAGGGCGUCCGGUCACCAUGCACAUCCCAGACGCUCUGCGGGACAGUUACACCCUUGACCACAAGGGGGCAGCGCCGGACCGCAAGCUCAAACUGCAGUGGGUCUACGGGUACCGCGGCCGGGACUGCCGCUCCAACCUGUACCUGCUGCCCACGGGGGAGAUCGUGUACUUCAACGCCAGCGUGGUGGUGCUGCUGAACACAGAGGAGCAGCAGCAGAGGCACUACAUGGGCCACGACGACGACGUCAAGUGCUUGAGCGUGCAUCCUGACAUGGUUACCAUAGCGACGGGACAGGUGGCCGGCAACUCCAAAGACGGAAAGGUGCUCCACCCCCACGUGUGCGUGUGGGACUCCGUCAGCCUCAACACCCUGCAUGUCCUGGGCAUGGGGGUCUUCGACCGGGCCGUCACCUGCGUGGCCUUCUCCAAGUCUAACGGCGGUGCCCACCUGUGUGCCGUGGACGACGCCAACGACCACAUCCUGUCCGUCUGGAACUGGCAGAAGGAGAAGCAGCUGGCUGAGGUCAAGUGCUCCAACGACUCGGUUCUGGGGGCCGUCUUCCAUCCCAUGGACCCCAACCUGAUCGUCACCUGCGCCAAAUCGCACAUCAACUUCUGGACCAUGGAGGGCAACACCCUCACCAAGAAACAGGGCCUGUUCGAGAAACACGAGAAGCCCAAGUACGUCCUGUGCGUGGCGUUCGCUGAGAACGGAGACGCCAUCACGGGAGACUCCAGUGGGAACAUCUACGUCUGGGCCAAGGGUGGGAGCCGCAUCAGCCAGGCGGUGGCGGGGGCCCACGAGGGCGGGGUCUUCUCCCUGCUGGUGCUGAAGGACGGCACCAUGGUGUCUGGGGGGGGGAAGGACCGCCGGGUGGUGCUGUGGGACCACGACUACACCAAGCAGUCGGAGAUGGAGGUGGGGGAGCCUCUGGGCCCAGUGAGGGCUCUGUCCGAGGGGAAACCAGGGGAGCUCUUCGUUGGCACCACCAAGAACGCCAUCAUCAGGGCCGCCUUCCCCGACACACUCACCCCCAUCGUUCAGGGGCACACAGAUGAACUGUGGGGUCUGGACGUCCAUCCGUCCAUGGAGCAGUUCAUCACCUGUGCCCAGGACAAACUGGUGCAGCUCUGGGACACCAACUCCCACCAGCCCCUCUGGAGCAAGGCCAUUGAUGACCAAGGCAGGUCUGCAGGAUUCCACCCCAGUGGAGGCGUCGUGGCAGUGGGCACCAUGAGUGGCAGAUGGUUGGUGCUGGACACUGACACCAGAGACUUGGUUUCUAUGCACACCGAUGGAAAUGAAAUCAUUUCCAACAUCAAGUACUCUCCAGAUGGCAACUACCUGGCAGUUGGUUCCCAUGACAACUUUGUUUACAUCUACGCCGUCACCGAGAACGGCAGGAAGUACAGCCGUGCUGGAAAAUGCUCGGGCCACUCCAGCUUCGUGACUCACCUUGACUGGUCGCAGGACAGCCACUACCUGGUCACCAACUCAGGAGACUACGAGAUCCUCUUCUGGGAGGCCCCUAGUGGUAAACAUGUGACCAGCAUGGAUGCGGUGCGCAACAUGGAGUGGGCCACCUACACCUGCACCCUGGGGUUCAACGCCUUCGGUGUGUGGCCCGAUGGGGCGGACGGCACAGACGUCAAUGCCGUCUGCAAGUCCCACAGCAGCUCUCUGCUGGCCUCUGCUGACGACUUUGGCAAAGUGCACUUGUUCACCUUCCCCUGUUCUCAACCAAGGGCUCCAAGCCACAAGUAUGGCGGACACAGCAGUCAUGUGACCAACAUUGCCUUCCUGCACGACGACAGUCACCUGAUCUCAACUGGCGGGAAGGACACCAGCAUCAUGCAGUGGGCCGUCGUCUAACAGCCGAUCACCACGGCAACAGCAUCCUUCUUUCUUGUUUUUUCCCUUCCUCUGUUACUGUGUCCUCCUGCCUGCCCCACUAGAGGGCAGCAUUUCCGUGCCUAUUAAAACACCUUGACCAAUCCCUGGCCGGUUUAAGAGCAGCAGCAGCAGCAUUUAAAGUGUUGAUAGUUGAGAAUAUAUUGAUGAUGUCGUAUGAAAUACAAACUAUAUUGAUAAUGUGGUAUGGAAUAGAAUGUAGAAGAAAAAAAAAAGUAUGUUGCAUUGACAGCGUGUGCUUCCCUGAAUGUGACUGUAAAGACAGACCGGUCGACCAAAUACAACGGAAACCCUGAAUAUAUCCAAUCUAAUAUUAUCCAACAUGAACCUUAUUCUCCGUACGGCUGGCUGCUGUUUGAAGUGACUGUGGGAUUCUUGGGAUGAUAUUUGUCUCUGUGCGUCGGUCUUUACUCUGUGCCCCAAUAUCUAUCACAACCAGCCAACCCCCAAACUGUUACCUUUAACUAACCACCUUUAACCCAAAGCAUAGGCGGAUGAUUGUAACUUUCGAAGAUUAUUAAAGAUUGUCAACCGUCGGAAGUGGCUGUUUAUUGCAAGCCUCCCAUCCAGCCACUGUCCUCCGGCCCCCUGGUGUUCGCUGAUGGUACUGAUGCGGUGGCCUGACUGUGCUGAUGCUGCACUAGAUGGCGCUACAACUUUCGGAAAAGCAUGUCUAAAUGUCGCAAAGGUCUAGUAACGGAAUCUAUCUUAUGCAGUAUAUCCGAGUGGCUGUGUUAUUUUAAUAUUUAUUAGUGACAACAAUGGAUGCUAUAGUAAACUAUUAUAACGAAUAUUGGUGUAGUGCUUUUCGCGGUGGACAGAGAAAUUAUAUGGCUUAUGCAUUGUAGAAGUGUGUCUAAGCUUUGCCUUCUGAUUUGUUAAUAAAGUUUUUACCCAAAUA